GCAUGCUCGCACCUGCCGGCUCCUCCCGCCGCGGGUCGCAUGCGGCACGCAGGGGACGGGUGCACCAGGCCGCUGUUAGGGGCUGCGCGCCUGGGGAGCGGUAGCUGCGGGGCCAUGAGGCUGGCGGAGGGGAGCUCCGGCCGGGCGCUCCUUCCCCCUCCGCAGCGAGCGUAGCCGCCGCUUGGGGCAGAGCCGUCCCUUCCCCCGCCCCGGCCAUUGAUGCAGCUGCCGUUGGGCGGCAGCGGUGGCGCGCGCCGCAGAGGGGCCGUUUGAUUCCGGGCCGGUAACUGUCGGUACCGGCCGCUGCCUGUGGUCGGGCCGAGGCCUGGGGCUGCCCCCAGUAUGCGAUGGGGAACUGCUGGGCGCAGUGGUGCUGCGGCCUCUUCUUGCGGAGAGAAGCGGGGCGGAUCCAGCGAGGCGGAGGAUCAAAGUAUUUUAGAACAUGUUCAACUGGAGAACACUUCACUAUAGAGUUUGAGAAUCUAGUGGAAAGUGAUGAGGGAGAAAGCCCAGGAAGCAGUCAUAGACCUCUGACGGAGGAAGAAAUUGCUGCUCUGAGAGAGAGACAUUAUGAUUCCAUUGCUGAAAAACAGAGAGCAUUUGAUAUGAAACUUCAGUCAGAGUUAGCCUUACAAGAGGAGAAGUUAAGAAUAGAAGAAGAGGCUUUAUAUGCUGCACAACGUGAAGCAGCCAGGGCAGCAAAGCAGAAAAAGCUCUUGGAGCCACAUAGAGUACAGAGGAUUAUGCAGCGAGCACCAGCAGCUAAUAAUGGAGAAUAUCAAAGCUCAGUGGCAGAGGAGGAGUUUGAUUGGUCUUUGAGAAAUAUAAAGAUCCACUAUGAAGCUUUUCGAAGUAGCAGACUUUCAUCUGAUGCUACCAUUCUGACACCAAACACGGAGAGCAGCUGUGACUUAAUGACCAAAACAAAAUCAACAAGUGGAAAUGAUGACAGCACUUCACUAGAUUUAGAGUGGGAAGAUGAAGAAGGCAUGAACAGAAUGAUUCCAUUGAGAGAGCGCUCUAAAACAGAAGAAGAUAUACUCCGAGCAGCACUAAAAUUUAGCAGCAAGAAGACAGGAAGUAAUCCAGCCUCAGCUUCUGAUGAUUCAAAUGGCUUGGAGUGGGAGAAUGAUUUUGUUAGUGCUGAGAUGGAUGAUAAUGGCAAUUCAGAGUAUGCUGGAUUUGUGAAUCCUGUAAUAGAACUGUCUGUGUCAGACAUAAAUAAAUCCGAUGCUGAUCAACAAGACAGAUAGUGAAAUUGUGUGGCUGUUAUUAAUGGCAAAAUGUUUAAAGUUAAAUGGAGUGUACAGAAUUUGAGUCUUGUGUAAGAAAAGGAAGGAAACCAUAUUGUAAUGCUCUUUAGCAAGGAAUUGGAAUGAUUGGUUAUCUGAAUUACUUCAGAAAUUAAGUGCAAUUUUAUCAUCUACCUUAUGUUUAUGAAAAUACUGGGUUGAUUCUGUCUUGUAUAUUUCUGGAAAUUUGGGAUUCGUAUAAAAUUAUCUGCACUAAUUUAAGAUUCUCAGCUUGACAUAAACUAUAUUUUAAGUAGCCACUUUGUUUCAAUAUAUUUCUCCUGAUUUUGUUUUACAUGUUGUCAUUGGGCUAAUAUUUAUCUUGAAAAUAAAUAUUUUACAUAAGUUAUCUUAAUACUUGAAUGUAUUAAGUGGUGGAUAAGGUUCUGUGGCCUGCAAUAUGCAGGAGGUCAGACUAGAUUAUCAUGAUUGUCCCUUCUGACCUUAAAGUCUGAGAAUGUGAAAGCGGUGAGAGAUUACUUUUAUAAAUUGCCUUUUUCCAUUAUCUAUUUGAUUUGUUCUUUAACAUAGGGAGGCAGAGUCAAUAGUUUAUCACAUGUGAAAUUGUCUAUUUGCAAUUGGUUUAUUACCUCAACUUAUUUCUUACCUUUUUUUAUUUGAAUUAUUUUCUUGUACCAAUCAUGAUGAUUCCAAUGGCAUAUCCAAUAGAAAUUUUUUUUACAAGAUUUAUCAUGUAAAAUGAUGUAUUGUGUUUAGUGAAAGUAUGCUACCUAAAGAUUUUUUAUAGCUGCUUUUCUGUACUUUAACAGAAAAUUUUGAAAUUUGAAAGUUAAAGGAAAAUUUAGAGGACCAAAGGUUCAGUUUUUUUCACUUACAACUCAUCAAAUGCUGCUAGUACCAAAGUGUUUAGAGAUAUUUUUAACUUGUGGAAUACUUACAAUUUCUUCAGCUUUGUAUGAAUAAUUCUUAAAGGCAGCAUUAUGUGAACAGACUUGCAGUAUAUGGAAAAAGAAAAGGAGGACUUGUGGCACCUUAGAGACUAACCAAUUUAUUUGAGCAUAAGCUUUCGUGAGCUACAGCUCACGAAAGCUUAUGCUCAAAUAAAUUGGUUAGUCUCUACGGUGCCACAAGUCCUCCUUUUCUUUUUGCGAAUACAGACUAACACGGCUGUUACUCUGAAACCUGUCAGUAUAUGGAAAAAAUCACUUCUCUGCUAGGUUUGAAAGAAAGAGAUCCUAAAACAGAGUUCCCGUGGCUAUAUUAACACAAACAGGAAUACACAUCCUUUCCAGUUACAAAGCAGUACAUUGAACUUUUCAAGCUUUCCUGUGCUUUGUAACUGGAUAGUUACCAUCGCUGAUAUGGGCUGAAACUUAAGCAGGCCUUCAGUUACCGCUGCCCAUGUGGAAUCUGAUGCAUAAUUUCCCCUUACAUUUUGAUUAUGAAUUAUAUAAAACAAAAACUAACUGGAGAAACUGUGUAAAGCACAACUGUAAAUGUGUUUUUUCUGAGCUAGCAGUAAAGCUUUACUCUCCUAAUGUAAAUUGUAUGUUCCUCUAUAGCGUCUUUCUGAAUAAGGAUUUUCAUGUGUGGCUCUUUAUUUUUAGCAUAAAGGCAAUGCACUUCCUCAAAGUUACAAAAAGCUACAUCAUCAGAAAUAACUAAGUAUAUAUUGUCUAAAGCGUGUCUAAAGCAUUUAGAUUUCUGAGCCCCUAUAAUAUGGCAGGUUCAUGGCAGUUUGAUCUUCCUCAUGCCUUUUAUCUAAAAUUAAAAUACCAGACGCUUUGACUAAAUAUGUACAUACAAUGACACUUUAGGAAACAGCUAAAUCUUUUAAUGUAUUUAACAUUCCAUUUCUUAAUUUAAGUUGUAGCUAUGUUGUUGGAAAUAUUUUAAUGUAAUAUUUACAUUUGCAAUGCCGCUAAUAUGUUUUUUAAGAGUUUGUACGCAUCAAAUGUAUAUUUUUGUUUUGGUGUAAGCAACUACUGUGUAAUGUUUUUCUUGACAUAUUCAUAUAUUGAAUUCUAAGGAAGGGCAACUUUCUCAAGCUGUAAAUAAACUUUUUUUUUUU